AUGACUUAUUUGGUUGCAUCAGUACAAAUAACAUUAAUUGAUGCAUUUAAAACAAAAAUCUUAGCAUGGACACCAAAAAGUCAAUAUGCUUCGUUAAAACAUAUUAUUAUAGUUAAUGAGCUAUUUGGUUUACGUGUAUUUGAAUUAAAAAGACGAUUACGAUAUGGCUGGAGUAUAAUAUAUGUUGAAUGUAAAUGUGGUCUUGGACUUCAGAUGAUAUUUUUCAGUCAUGUCAAUCUUAAUAAUCAGCAUCAAUCUACUGGAGAAUUAUUAGAAACACUCAUGGAUCAGUUUUCUGAGAAUAGCAGAUUCUGGAGGUCGUUCAAUCAAACUGAUCCACGAUGUUAUUGGCUACUUAUUUAUACCAUCAAAGACGCGAGCUCGCAAAAUGAGCAUGGAAAGGAUUUUAAAGGAUAUGAACUGGAUUUUUCAUUAAUAUUGUGUUCACUUUAUGAAACAUAUUUUUAUUUAAUAUCGAUAAACUUAUCAUCGUCAAAUGAAAAACUUAUUAUAUGUUUAAUAUGGAUUGUCUUAUAUUUUGUAAAAAUUAUUUUUAUAAAUAAUUAUUGCACUAAAUUCUAUUACGAGGCAGAAAUAACAGCACAUUUACUUCGAGAAUUAGGCAUUUGCUACUUGGAUAAUUCCAUUAGAAAUGAGAUUCAACAAUUUUCAUUACAACUUCUUCUUCAUCCUUUAAAAUUUACUGUUGGCGGUUAUGUUCUUAACAACAAGUUAUCAACAGCAAUUUUUAGCAAUGUAAUUACUUAUUUGAUUGUAUUGGUACAAAUAAGUUCAUCGCCAACUUUGAUAAAGCUUCUAAAAAAAAAUCUUUGA